ACCGAAGAAUUUUUUUAACACUAGUACUUGUACUUCUACUUAAGUACAGAAUAUCCGUACUGUGGCCACCUCUACAGUCUAUCCAUCCAUCUCAUCUCAUGUAGUUCGCUCUUGGUUCACCUUCCACUUUAAUCCGUGAUGCAGACUACUUGGAAGGUGCACACUAAGGUAAGAACACCUUAUGUAUAAACUGUCGGUAAACCCGGCUUGACUUCAUCAGCCUGCACCUUAGGCACACGGGCUCUGUCACAAACCAUUUUAGUUUCUCGCUUUGUGCGCUAGGACCGCCGCUGAUGCGAUUAACGGCACAGACGGGCGGCGAGCCGAGACACAGCACGUUGCAGAGGGCCGUGCAUGCCCACCUGACAAGCACGACAGCCUGGGGAUAUAACCGCAGGGAUAUUCGGCUCACAUGGAGUGAGGGGCGGAACCAGAGGAUGUGACGUCCAGCUCGGAGAGGAGAUUGUACCAUACCAUCUCGUAAACGCUGCUCGUUAACGUUGAUGUUUGGUGGGGAUUACUGCAAGCAGCGGGAUGGCCGAUUGAGCGCAUACGGUGGGUUAAAGUGAACGGAAAGCGGAACAGCAGCAUUUAAGAGUCACAACACGGGGGCAAGGCACGCCUACAAUGGAUAUAACCUUUGUAUUAUUUGCUAUUAUUUCUACGCUUCUCGCCAUUGUGGUCGCAACGUCGCUUUUUAACGGCUCUUCGCCUGCAGCAGACUUUGCAAAUGCGCGGAGUUAUUUCGGACACAGAGAUGGUGUGACCGGAGGAUUAGAUCAAUCCGGGCCGAAACAGAAUGGCCAUCUACCCGAUAAGAAAAAGAAGAAGGAGGCGGACGACUGGUGCGAAAUCAGCGGGAGCUCACACGAUCACUGGGAUGUAGUGAAAUCUGUGCUUUCUGGUGCAGCAUGAGCAACUGACUGCAAUCUUUCAGCUACUGAAAGAGAACAAGGAGACUUUUGGGGAGGUGUCAGAGGGAGACAUAGAGGAGCAGCUCCGACUCUACUCCAUCUGAGAGCCCUGUCGUGUCAUAGAUGCUCACUACAACAGUUUAUUCUUAAAAACUACUAAAAAACUUCUCCAGUACACCAAAUGAACUUUUUUGCAGUAUUCAACGUGGCUGGACAGUGCUCUCCCAAUUUUCUGAUUUAUUGUGUUUUACUGCUUGGAUUUUGUUGUUCUGACCACCUGUCAUCCACACGAAGGGAAAACCAAACUAGACUGGAUCAAUUCUCACACUGAGCAGGUUAAUAUAUGAAUGAAUCCUAAAAGAAAUUAAAGGAAUGCUGUUUAUUUUACUUUUAAAAUAUAUUGCAGAUAUAAGUGAUAUAAACUCUGAGUUAUGUUUGUUUCUGAAGUUGGUUGUCUAAUAAAACACAUUGUUGCUAAUAUCUGUGUGUGUGGCUUUGUGUGUCUGAAUACAUUUGUUUGCUUAUCUGUCUGCAAGCUGGGGUGUAGCCCAGCCUAUUCACAUCAGUGAGAGCAUGUCAGAUUUAGAAGGAAGUGCAUACAUGUGUGUUUAAUUGAACAGCAAGCCUUCACUUGACAGCGAUGGCAUCCCAAAUCUCCAGGAUAUUUUUAUUGCUCCUUGUAAUGACAGUUAGUUUUGUGGUUUUCAUUCUAUCCCAGGAAUCUUUAUCAAAAAGUUGGACAAUUUUCUCAGGAAAACAUGAACUCGGAUGGGAAAACUUUUCGUUUAAUAUUAACCUCUGGGGACAGAAAGAAAAAACAGCUGUGGCUGAGACUCCAAUGCCUCUCCUCUACAGAGGAAAUUUCACAAAGGCUCCUCAGUGGGAUUUUGAUGAUGUCUAUAACCAGGAUGCCCCACCUAGACCAACAACAUGUGCCCAAUCACUGCGAAACUCUAAGGAUGAGAACUUCAAGAAGGCUUUUCUUCCCAACAUACGUUUGUUUCUGCACAAGGACAACAUUAACAUGAGCGAGUGGAAUCGCCUUUCACACUUUAACAAUCCUUUUGGGUUUAUGCAGUACAAAUAUGAUGGUAGGUGUUUGUGAAACUGAUGCCAGAUUAAAUAUCAGUAUAUAUGUGAGCUUGAUCAGCAACUAAGUAAUAGAUUUUUUGUUAUUUAAUUUCUCCUUCCAGUUUCUGACUCCUGAUAUUAUA